AUGUUGUCUUUAAUGCUUGCUACUACCGUAUUGUUGCUAAUAAUAUGCUGGCCUAUUGCACGUUGGUAUCAAGUGAAAAGCUAUUGGUACAACAGAGGUGUACCGUAUUUACCGCCACAUCCGCUGAUGGGAAGUAUGACGUUUCUGCAGAAACAAAACCCUGCAAUGUGGUUUCGAUAUUUGUAUGCAAACUUCCGUUCCCCGUAUGUUGGUAUUUGGUUGUUCUGGCGACCCGCUCUGGUUGUUCAAUCACCAGAUAUUGCCCGUAGAAUACUUGUGAAAGAUUCCGCUAUCUUCAGAAACAGAUUUUUGAAUUCAGGAAAAACAGAUCCAAUUGGAAGUUUGAAUAUAUUUACUACUAAUGAUCCACUGUGGUCUUCAAUAAGAAGACGUUUAACUCCAGUCUUCACGUCGUCAAAACUCAGAAAUAUGUAUGGAUUCGUAUCUGAGAAGAGUAAUGAACUUGUUCAGCGUAUUAAAGCGGAUAUGGAGAAAGAUGGUCGAGCAAACAUUAAAAUAAUCUUUACUGACUACACUACUGACGUCGUUGGAACGGCGUCUCUUGGUGUGUCCAGUGACGCAACAAUAACCGGCGGAGGCGCGCUUCGGGCAAUCACCAAGGACUUCAUGCAUUUUAGUUUCUAUAGAGGGCUGUGCUGGUCCAGUAUUUUCUUCUUCCCCGAAUUAGUGGAUAUUUUCAGAUUUUCGUUAUUCCCGAAGGCUACAACAGAUUACUUUAGAAAAAUAUAUCACGAAGUAGUUGCUCAACGCGGCGGAUAUGAAAAAAGUUCAAUUGGCAACAAAGACCUGCUGGACGCUCUGCGGAAGAUCAAACAAGAUUCUAUUAGGGAUAAUGAAGACAUCUCCGAUGACACAUUAAUCGCACAAGCAGCCGUAUUCCUACAAGGAGGUUUCGACACGACGUCAUCGAUUUUGACGUAUUGCGUUUACGAACUGGCACAUCAGCCUCACCUACAGAAAAAGCUGUACGAUGAGCUGAAGGAAGCCAAAGAGAAAAAUGGAAAUAAAGAGCUGGACUCCGUUGCCCUUCAUGGUCUGAUAUACAUACACUGUCUAAUGAAAGAGACCCUCAGAAAAUACACACCUAUAGGAUGGUUGGAUAGAGUCGCAACGAAGGAUUACAAAAUCGACGAAAACCUCACCAUCACAGCGGGCACGCCGGUAUACGUCAAUACAACAGGGAUGCAUUACGAUGCAAAUUAUUUCCCGGAUCCGAAAAAGUUCGACCCAGACAGAUUUCUACCCGAAAAUGAAAAUCAUUUAAAACCUUUCACUUACAUGCCAUUUGGCGAAGGUCCAAGAAAUUGUAUAGUGCAUCGCUUUGCCGAACAUAAUUUACGCUCUACUCUGGCAGCGAUCGUAUUUCAUUUUGAACUCCGUCCCAAGCCGAAUGCUCCUUUGCCUUCUGAAACUGAACCCGAAAAGGAAGGAACGUUCCUUAUGCCCGGACAAAAUCUUUACGUAGAGUGUUUAUACCGAGAAACACACUCAACCAAUAAGUUACCUCAUGUAAUGGCUUUCAUUCCAACAUGA